UAUACGGUGACGCUUAGUCAAACUCUAUACAACACAAACAUACAUUUUUGCUCUAGGAUGCAGGCAUUCUAAUUUUUGAUAUAAUUGAAACAUUUUAAAAAUAUCAGCACAAUAUUAUUCUUAUUUGAAAGCAACAACUCAACUAUGUAACCUCUUAUCACUUUCCAAGGUUCCAUUAUCUUCCAGAUCAAGUCUAUACUCACAAAGUUUGGCUGUACGCCAGCUUAUGAGUUUUGAAGAUGCGAUAUUAUGAUUUUCUAAAACGGUCAUAAUAUUUCUUCUUUCUUAAAUUUCAUUCUGUUUCUUUCUUCUUUUGAGUUUGGAAUUGGAAUUUUAGGCGCCAUCCGCGUCAUUAGUGAUGUGAUAAACCGGUAUUCCUUUGUCUCCUGCAUUUAAAGAUUUGUCAAAGUUUUUGUUUUUGUCUAGUCUUAUUUAAAACUGCUUAGUGUAAAGUAUAAAUUUAAUAGAAGAAUGAAAAGAAACUAGUCAACCAUGAACAUACGUGAAGAAGUUCAAAACCAGUUUAACGAACUCUGUAUAACUCCCUCCGAUGACGUUCUUGACAAAUGCAGUGAAAUUUGUAUCCUGAACAACGUAGAUCCAGAGGAGUUUGUUGAAACAUGGAUGGCCUACAGUCUGACGCACUUGAACGGUGCCGAGCCCACCCUAGAUGCCAUUCAAAAAAUGCACAAGAAAGAAUUUGCAGAACGCAAAGUCAAAAUUGAAAGUCCCAAACACGAGGAAGAGGAAUUGAACAUCUACACCACUCCCAAGUCCAACAAUGUACUUGGAGCAGAUAACAGCACCACACCAAAGAGUGUGAAAACUAAGACCAUCAAUCGAAGUAUUGGAUUUUCUCAGAGUCCAAGAACUGCUUUCACACCAGCGAGCUACUCUCCCGACGUCGGCAAGCCAUGCACCAACUACGAAGGAAGAACCAACUCCGGCCAGAGUGUGCUGACGCACGGCGAAAAGCGAGACGUGAGGCAGCAGUCGCCAUCUUUGAUAUCUUUGAAAGUGUGGACGCCGGCUGAUGGCGGGGGAGAUGUAGAUCAGCUGAUCACAUGUCUCGAUCAUCGACUUAUGAUGGAGAAUGUCUCUGUGAAGGGAGACAUUUGGAGUGACCGCAUUGACACCAUCGGCAGACUCAUCUGUGAGCAGAGCAAACUCGGCGAACCCACACAGUACACACAAUCCUCUUCGGAUAAAUUGACGACGUACGGGCGGAUAGUGAGCGCGGAGGGUCGCCUGCAGAUGAAGUCAGUGCAGCUGGAGUCGAGUGAGCCACUCAGUCGCGGUCGCAAACUAGAACUCAUCAUGCAUGAACUCACCGCUGCCCCAGUCAACCCCUGCACUGGCCUCUUUCCCGGACAGGUGGUUGCAGUUCAAGGCACUUGUCCAAUGUCGGGCAAAAUGGCUGUACAGAGUAUUAGUUCACCCGCGCCUCCCGCUCUCCCCCCGGUACCCACUCUAACAGGGCCAUUGAAAAUAGCUGUAGCAGCCGCACCCUUCACACAGGCCGAUAAUUUGCUCUACCAGCCUCUGGAAGAUUUCGUCAAAUACCUGAAAAACAAUGAUCCGCAUGUUGCAAUUAUAAUUGGUCCAAUAGCUGAUGCUGCACAUUCAAUGGUAGCGGAUGUGUCGAUUGCUGAGACCUUUUCUGAGUUCCAUGACGAAAUUCUGAAAGGAAUCGUUGCGGAAUUGACCGAGUGCAAAACACAGUUGGUUUAUGUGGUUAGUGCGAGAGAUGCGGCCCAAACUCCGAUCUACCCGACGAUUCCAAUCACUGACAAAAUUCAGGGUCUGACAAUGGUCUCCGAUCCGAGCAUUUUGAAUAUCAGCGGUCUGAUAGUCGGUAUAUCAUCCACCGAUGUUCUCAUGCAUCUCAGCAAAGAAGAACUCGCAUUAUCAGGCCAUGGAGACCGACUUGGCAGACUGGCCAGUCACCUGAUUACGCAGCACAAUUUCUACCCACUGUAUCCACCCAAUGAAGAAGUCGCCAUUGACUCGAGUCUGUGGGAGACCCAAUCGGGUAUGCCCAUUUCUCCCCACAUUUUAGUUUUGCCAUCUGAUUUGCGCUACUUCAUCAAGAAUGUCGGACCCAGUGUUGUGGUAAACCCGGAGCGUUUAGCCAAAGGUCAAGCAGGUGGAUCAUUUGCAAUGCUUGAAAUUUACCCGUCAGAAAACUCCGACUGGUCACCAAGUACUCACAUUCAUGGAGAAAUAUUGAAGAUUUAAGUUUUAUUUCAAUCUAAGGUCCAACAAUUUUUGAAACUUGUUUCUUACUUUAAACACAGUGGAAUGUUGUAGAGCUAGUGCAUAAUGAAAUACUUUUGCCUACAAUAUGUGUGUAUUACUAUAAAAACAUAUAUAAUAAUUGUGUUUUAAUUGAUAAAUUCUGCAGUAGAUAAUGUGAUGACAGUAUUUCCUAUCGCCCAUUUGUAAUUCAUUUGAUUACAUAUUUUAAUUAUUAUUGUAAUAGGUUAGGUAAGAAUCAAUCAUAAAUUUAUAAUAUUGGUUUGUUCCUCAACUA